CCCGCACCGGCUCUUCGCUCGUCAUCGCCUCACAUUUCCCCCACGCACCGCUAAUGACUUUCUCGUUAAUUGCUGUCCGCCGCCCGGUGUACGGUGCACCGGGGUCCGUUAUUUUCAUCUGGUCCGUCGUGGGCGCCGGUGGGGAAAUGGUAAUGGAGGAGGGACGUCCGGGCCCCUCAAAACCCGCCGGUGACAGGCGGCCCCAGAAGCGGGAGAAGAAGGACAAGCAGCACGACAAGCAACAGCCCUGCGAGGGUUUCAGUAUUAAAGCCAUGAUGAAAAACAGCGUGGUAAGAGGGCCCCCACCUGCAGGAUCAGUAAAAGAAAGACCAGCAAAACACACAGCUUUUCGCAAGUUUUAUGAGAGAGGAGACUUUCCAAUUGCUGUUCAGCAUGAGUGUGGAGGAAACAAAAUCGCCUGGAAGGUACAGAUUGAAGAACUGGACUAUCAUUACUUUCUGCCUUUGUUCUUUGAUGGGCUUUGUGAAACGGAAUUUCCAUAUGAGUUUUUUGCUCGUCAAGGAGUCCAUGACCUGCUGGAGCAUGGUGGAAGCAGGAUUCUUCCUGUUGUUCCUCAGCUCAUUAUCCCAAUAAAAAAUGCACUGAACCUUCGUAACCGGCAGGUCCUCUGCACCACACUGAAAGUCAUCCAGCACCUGGUGGUGUCAGCUGAAAUGGUGGGGGAGGCCUUGGUGCCCUAUUAUCGGCAAAUUCUCCCAGUCCUAAACAUCUUUAAGCACAUGAAUGUUAAUUUAGGCGAUGGGAUAGAAUACGGCCAGCAGAAACGUGAAAAUAUUGGAGUUCUCAUCCAAGAGACACUGGAACUCUUUGAACGCUACGGUGGAGAAAAUGCUUAUAUAAACAUUAAAUACAUGAUUCCUACUUAUUGGUCGUGCAUGUAAACUGAAUUAUAUUAAAUGGGAUGAUUCCAUCUGUGCUCUGAAAAA